AUGGAGGCAAGCACUCUACAAGCCCAGGUGAUCAGAAUUAUCACAGACGUGCAGCUCACCAUUUUCACCAACAUGCUGGGUGUGUUGCUCUUCCUGCUUGUCAUUCUCUGUCACUACAUGGCCAUCAACAAUCCCAAGAAACAGGAAUGAAAAACAGCGCUUUCUCAGUGCUAGGGUU